AUGGCAAAUUCCCUCUCUCUCAUCCUACUCUUAGCCACACUCAUAACAGCCGCCGCCGCCCCCAUCCCCGCCAACAAAACCCGCACACCCCCCAAACCCACACUUUCCCCACCCACAGCUCCACCGCCGCGAACGCCCUCUCCUCCGCCACCCGCGCCGCCGAAGCCGGCGGAGAUCCAAGGAACGCACCUCAACAACAUCAUCGACGCCCUAAUCGGCGCCGGCGACUUCGCCGGCUGGGCCAACCUCCUCUCCGGUUCAGACCCACAGUCCCUCCCCCUCACCGCAACCUUCUUCAUCCCCGGAAACGACGCCGUCUCCAACCUCUCCGCCGGCGCCGGCGCAACGCCCCUGGACGCCUUCCUCAUCCCCUACCACAUCGUCCCCCAGCGCCUCACCUUCUCCGACCUGCGGCGGCUCCCGGCCCGCACGCGCCUCCCCACGCUCCUCCGCGCCAAGUACAUCGUCGUCACCAACAGCUCUCCCGAGAAUUUCGCCGUCGACGGCUCGCAGGUGACCCACCCCGACGUUUUCUUGAACUCUGUUUUCUCGGUGCACGGCGUCAGGAAGCUCCUUGAUUACUCUGUCUACGGCGACGGCAGCAUCCCUUCUCCUCCACCGCCGCUGCCGCCGCCGUCGCCGUCCGCUCAUGGGCCGCCGGAAGGAAAAAGCCCUUCUUUUCCCGGCGAGGUUAAUGUGAUAUCUGGUGCCUCUUUCUUGUGCAGUUGUGUUUGGAUGAUUUUUCCGGUGGCUCUUUGUGCUUCUCUUCUUCUGCUCGAGAUUUAUUGGGAAUUUGUUUGA